CAAAACUUCAUCUUCCCUUAACAAACCUACAAUUUGUUCAAAGCUAAACUGAAAAUCUAACCAUGGCAUUGAUGCAAGUUCUUAACAGCACAAAGGCAAUUCCUUUCUCAAAUCCAUAUGUGUUCUCGAGGUUCUUCUCCAAGUCAAGUUCAUUUAUUACGAAGGUUGGAAUACCGGAAUUUCUGAAUGGAGUUGGAAAUGGGGUUGAAACUCAUGUAGCAAAGCUGGAAUCUGAGAUUGGUGACUUUCAGAAACUUCUCGUCACCUGCACUCUUAAGCUCAAGAAACUUGGAAUUCCUUGCAAACAUAGAAAGCUGAUAUUGAAAUACACGCACAAAUAUACGUUGGGUUUGUGGAAGCCGAGGGCUGAACCCGUGAAGGCUUGAUCAAUCUGUCUAAUUCUUUGGUUGCUGUGUUAAGAUAUUACAGUUACAGCCGUUUCUUUCCCUUUUUUGCCUUGAUAUUGAGUACUAAAAACUAGAUUUCUAAACAAUUUUAUGAUUCUGUAAUUGCAGUAUGCAACAUUUGUCAUUAGAAAACUUUAUGGAGUUGAUCAUAUUGGUAUCGAGGACCAGUAU